AUGAACUUGGUACGGAGCCCACAAGCCGGAGCUAUUGUGCUCUUUUCUGGGACAACCAGAGACAACUUCGGUGGCAAACCUGUCAAGGAGCUCCAGUACUCAGCCUACAAGCCCAUGGCACUCCGGACCAUGAUGAAGAUCGCUCAAGACAUCUAUUCCAAACACUCCUUGAAAGGGGUCGCGAUGAUUCAUAGGCUUGGCAUUGUCCCCAUUGGCGAGGAGAGCAUCCUCAUCGCUGUCUCCUCUCCGCACCGCAAAGCAGCAUGGAGCGCGGGAGAAGAGGCCCUGGAAGAGGUCAAAGCAAAGGUCGAGAUUUGGAAGCAGGAGAUGUUCCAUGGAGAAGAGGGUGUUUGGCGAGCGAACCGAGAUGGUGUCAUGGGGCAAAAGGUGCAUGACGAGAAGACGUAG